CAUUCAUUAAUUAAGUCAACUGCAGAGCGCAUGCUCAAAAGAAUAAAGUUACAGAGUGUAGUGUUAACAAUUUAACGAUGAGUGAUAGAAGGCUAUUUGCACAGCAUUAUGCACCUUUUAUGGAGUGGUUGUGCAGUUUAACUGAACCACUGGAUCAAUUUAGCUUGCUACCACCGCUGGAAGACGAUGAACCUGAAGAGACCGACGAAACGUUAGAUGAUCUGGAAGAUAUCCUCACUAUGGAGGAGUUCGACGACAUUUUGUUUGAUUUAAUCGACGGUGACAUUAACGGGCUUCCACCCGUAGCGUGUCCGUUGGCAAUUUGUCCCAGGGUUGGAAAUGUCUCUCAUUGUUCUCCUCCGCCGACAGAACCAUUUCAUCUACCAUCAACGCUAGAAUCAAACACUGCUGCUGACAAGCAACCGUUGCAUGUGGCACCGCUGAGUAUUGCAGCAGCACCGCCAACUAAGUUGCCCGAAUGGUUAGUGAAUGCGGAAACAUUCGACGAUCCAACACAUCAGCUUAGCCUGAUCGAAGUGCAAGAUUGCAAUGCAAAUCGCGUGGAGCUACUGUACCUGCACGUUGGUGAGGUGGUAGAAGAUUCGCAAAGCGCAACGAGCAUGCAGAAUAACGCUAUGCCGACUGUCGAUUCGGUAAGCAACCCCGAGCUUGAAAGCACAAACCCGAAGAUACCGCCGCGCGUUCUGACAUCCCAGAACGUGGAGCCAACUGGCGUGAUGUCUAUUGAGGAGUGGUCGCUAAACACUGGCUACGAGACUUACGCUAGUAACAACACUGGUUUUUCGCUAGUAAACGAAAAACUUCGAAACCAUUUGUACAAAUUAUCCACAAUUAAUGUUCCGGUGCUGGAAAGCGCGCCUCCGUCGGGUGCAAAGGCAGCGGUAAAAUCUCGUCGAAAGCAAACGCUAGUUUCACAUAGAAAUAUUGCGGAACCAAUGGCAACUCAACACGAGGCAACUGUGAACACAGAGUUACCAGUCCAGGUAUCUACUGGGAAUACCGUAACGCUGAUAGAUGCUGGAGGCGUGGGUGCAGAUUGCUCAGCACCCUUCACCGUGCCAACAGCAAGCACGUCUAGUCCUGGAACUGACAAUCAACUAAACAACGGCACAAGCCCUCGGAUACUUUUGCGUAAUCGGAAACAUGCAAACAACUAG